AUGGAGAUAGAUUUAGAGAUUUACAGUCAUCUAGUUAAAGCAGGAGUGCUUGAGGGAGGAAUCAACAACCCUAGUCAUAAGGUGCUACUUGAUCUAAGAAAAGUUAUUUUUGACAAAGAUACUUCUAUAUUGUUUGAAAACGGAAUAGCCUUUGCUAGAUAUAUGAUAUAUAUAAAGCGCAGACUCGAAUCUUAAUAAGAUGAAUAGCAAAGCAGACUUGGAUUCAAGAUUGAUGAGGAAAAGCUCACGUAGCUGAGAACAUCAGUGACUCCGUCUAUUAGAUUGCAUAACUGGAAUUUAAUCAUCAAAGAAUUAAUGAAAGUAGGAUUCAAAGUAAAUGCAGAUAUGAAGAGUUUGCUAGUAGCAGGCGACUAUGGAAUCAUCAAUGAUUAUCUGAUAGCUCUCUAUAACUUCGAAAUGAAUUAGACCGGUGGCUAAACAGUUGACAUAAAUUCUUCAUUUAAUCCAAAUAAAUCAGUAGACUAAAGCAGUUUCUUGAAUCAAAUAUAAGGUGGCUCUGAAGGGGCAGUGGACAUUGGAGACAUGGAUUAUAACAAAAGACCGAAUGAAACUACAACUUGCUUAGAAUUUCUUCUGAAUGUAAUAUGUAAAGCUUUUGGAAUGGUUCCCAAGCAAGCUGCUGGAUUAUUGACAAAUGCUAAUAAAUAUCUAAACAUAGCAAUCAUUAAAGGGCUCAAGAAUGAGUAUGAUCCAAUCAUAUCCCUAUAUCAGGAAACAUAUGCUCAUUCGAAGCAUCUAACUUCUCUAAUAGAGCAUGAACAUUCAUUCCACCUUUCUACUAAUACUCUAGGUCUAAUACUGAAUGCCUUUAAGUCAGGAUUCCUUUCCUAAAGUGAUGAAGUUGUGAGUUGGUGUUGUAGACUGUUUGCUAAAAUAGCUUAUGAUUUUGUAGAUGCUGGUGAAAUCAUUGGUAUAGCAUGGGAUUGGUUCAAGGAUGAGAAUUAAGGUUGUCUCGAGACUUGUAUUUAGGCUUUGAAAAAGCAUCAAUAUAUUCUAGAUAGUAUGGUACCAGUUUUAGUGAAUUUUGCACGUUACAACUUUGCAGAGUUAUUUACACAUCAUCUUAGAAAAUUCACUCCUUUGCUGACUGACUACUUUAACAUUAUUCAUGAAUUAAUUGGCCCCUUAAACGAUAGCAAGUUCAGUAGAGAGGAACUCAAAAAUACUGGAACUCUAGAUUUCUUCAUUGAAUUAUGUAUAUCUAAAGGUGAUACUAAUAAUGGAGCAAUCGAUACUACUAAAAAUGAUAGAGAAGCAGCUAUUUGUCUUUUAUGUACACUCUGGAGUAUGUUCCAAGAUAAAUUCGAUAAACCCAUGGAUAAUUUCGACUUUGAAGGCUCUACAAGAGCCAGAGUAUUUAUGCAUCUGAGAAACACCUAAACUUAAGAACCUUAAACUUUAGGCUAAAUUACAUUGACCAUUCUAAAGCGUAACUGUCGUGAUAAAUCUCAGAUCGUCAGGAUGACAGCAAUAUCUUAGCUGUUCAGAUUACUUGAUCAAUUCUCAUCAGAAAGGAAUCAGUAUGCUCCGAUCCUAUACAAAACUUUAAUAUUUUCCUUGAUUGAAAAUCAUUCAAAUGAGCUCAUAAGAUCGCAUAUUAUGAGUAACUUUCAAUUCACAUUUGAGAGAAUAACUACUAUUCCUGUUGGUAUAUUAGUUGAUCCAUUAGUAAAAUAAAUCUAUAUGAGUGAGGGUGUAACCUUUAAGUUUAACAUAUUUGAUUUUGACUUCUUCUCAGCAAUGGCAAGACAUCCAAGAUUAAAUAUAAAGAAUGCUAUUUAGGUAGCUGAUCUUAUGGCUAAGGCUUAUCUCAAUGAAAAUGCUCUGGAUUUCCAGACUAGUGCAAGUGUAUCACUUAUGCUAAUAGUCACAAGAUUCCUUGAUCAUUAAGCAACUUAGGAAUUUAUUGUUAAAUUUUCUACAGUAGCAAUGACUAUGCUUUCUUAGAUAGAAAAAGAUAUUUCUGAGAAAAAUGCUGAAAGAAGACAAAAGGUAUAGGAAUUCGAGUAGCAAUUAGAAGAGUAAAAGAAGAAGCAAAGAGUACCAAAGAAAAAAUGGCCACCUGAAUUGACCAUAGAAGAAAAACUCAAACCCCCAGAAGAGACUUCAGAGGAAGUAGAACUAAGAGCUAGACAACUAAUUAGACGACAUAGAAUAAUAGACUUGAUCAAAUCAGUGAUUAAAUACAGAAAUUAAGAUUUGAAUGAUGAAAUGAAAGUAGUGCUACUGAGUGCACUAUAGAAACACUUAGAAACACAUAAAGAGGAAAGCAAGGGUAUAGUUCAUAUACUAGACUGGUGGUGGGGAUAGCCUUAGAAGUUGCUACAGGAGUUCAUAAUGAAGCAGAAAGAUGAUGAGAAGAGGAGAGACCGUGAUCUUGAGAUGCAGGAUAGAUAUGGGACUGAAAUUGAGAGGCAGUAUUAGUCACAGUAUGAUGCAGGUAGAAGUGAAACAGAUUCUUAUACUAUAGCCCCUAAAUAAGCAAGAAGUGAAUACUAAGAGAAGCCAAUUAAAAGAUAACAAACCUAUGACUCAAUAACUCCAAAUAAGAAAAACGAUAAAUCUAUCAUGCUCAAAGAUGUUGUGAAGAAUGAUGAUUUGAAGCCUAAACCUAAAGAAAUGACUAAGAAGUAAGCAUAGUCAGUGGUAGACCUGAAAACAGAUAAACCUAAAAAUGAAUUUUUAUCGAUUUUGGAAAAUUCUAAGAAAGAAGAAAUUCCUUCAGCUUAAAAGAAGCCAAGUUAAAAUAAAAGAAAUAUUGAUCCAGUAAGCAGAAACUUCGAUGAAGUAUAAUCUAUCCUUACUUCAUAAAAUAAUGGGAAAGGACCUAUAAAAGCAAAGCAAUUACAAGCAAACAGCAAGACCUUACACUAUGAAGAAGAUGCGAGUGACUACUUAGGCAAGAACUUCAAGAAUACCAAAUCUAUCCCCUAUUCGGAUAAAAAUAGCGGACCUCCUCCCAAAGGCUAUGGUCCAGGUAGAAACAUGAGCAUGCCUCAGUUACCUCCAAUCCACUAAAACAAGAAUAGACAGCAGAAUUCCUAUGACUCUGAUGAAGAUUAGUCGACUUACAGGCCUCCAGCAUAGAACAAAUCAGCUAAAAAGUCCAAUAAAAAAGCUACCUCAGACUCACCAUCGGUAGAUGAUGAUUACUAUAAGUACUUGAAAUACUAGCAAAUGCAAAUGUCCAAGAACAACAAGAACUCAAAGUCUUAAGCCCAGCUUGCUCUUGAGUAGAAGGCUUUGAUGUCGUAGGUCCCUUAUGAUAACUUCCUUCGAUCUAAAAAUGUGAAAGUAGCUUCAUUAAUCAAUAAGCCCAAGGACAGAAAAGUGCUGCUCGAAAUAGAGAAAAUUAACCAAAAGAAGCAGGAGAAGGAAUAUAAGAAGUACCUAGAUGAGCAGGUCAAAGAGUUCAGAGAGCAAAGGAAAAAAUAGAAGUUAAAGCAGUUACUAGAGAGAAGGAAACUUGAAUUGGGAGUGGCACCCAUGAUCAAGAAAAAGCCUGGACAAGCUACUGAUAAGAGCAAAGCUUAGACCAGAGCAAGCAGAAGGAGAUGGAAAAGUGAGGGGAGCUAGAUGAAUGAUGAAAUUGAGGAUGAUGAUUAUGAAGAAGAUCAGCGUAGACGAAAGAACUAGAAACUUGAUGUGCUAAUUCUUGAUGAAGGAGAGAGGCUUCCAGAGGAAAGAGAAAGACUGAGGAAGUUCAUUCCACAAAUGCAGCUGGUUGACAUUAAUACUGAAGAAGAGGAGAGAGAUAAAGUGCAAAUCAAUCUUUGGCUAUCUAAGUAUAACAAAUUGUUCAAGGCACUGUUUAAUAAGUACGCUAAUACAGUGAGGAAAAACAUCGAGGCAGACUUCGACUACCAGGACUAGAAAUCUAAGAAGAUGAACUUCGCUGAGAUACUAAAAUACACUAAAGACCAUAACAUUCUGAACGAACUUUUAACUAAGGAUGAGAUAUAGAGUCUAGUCAGAAUGAUCAAUCUUAAAAGAAAACGCUCUGAGGACGUCUCGAACCUAGACUAAGAGGCCUUUAUACAGUUCUAUAUACAAAUGGCUCACAACAUAUUCUACUUCAAACAGUAAAAGAUCCGAAUGUCCAUGAUAGAAAUGCUAGAGUAGCUGCUCAAGCAUAUGCAAAAAGCACUACUAUACAAGGGUGAGAAUGUACAAAUGUAUGAAGAUCCAGAGUUUGUAGUUGGGCUAGACAGAGGCAAACUUAGAUAGCUCAAUUAAUAACUUGAGGAGGAUCCUGGAAUGGAAGUACCUUAGGGUUAUUACAAGGUAUAUGAAAAAGAACAAUACUUUGACUAUAAUUUACCUGAUUACUUACCAAUCCCUGAGGCUAAGAAGAUUGCAGUUGAGACCUUGGAUAGUCUGAUAUUUGAUCUCUUUGGACUUCACUUCUUAGAACCCAGAGCAUAUACUGUGGUGCAGCCUAAGAUAAAAUAAGAACAGAAGAUUGUAUAGGGAAAGCAUAAGAAAAACCUAGAUGAAAUAAACAAAUUUAACAAAACUCAAAUGCAGUAAAAGACUAGAGGAAAAGAAAUGCAACUUUCAUCUAAUAUGAAGGGAUAAAUUGACCAACUAACUAACUAAUAUCCUAAAGAAGAUCUAGACCAGGUGGGAAUGGUUUUAGAGUCUAUUUUAUAGAAGCUAGAUCCUAAAGGCUAGAAUUAAGGACAAACAGGAUCAAAUCCCUUCUCCCUGGGUAGAGAGUAAAUAGUGAAUAAGAUUCAUCAAGAUAAAAUGAAAAAGCAGUUGGAGGAUGAGAAGUUCUCUCAUGAGAGGGAAAUGAGAAGACUGAAGCAUGAGAGAGAACUCAGACAGAAGAUGAGUCUAUUACAGUAAGAGAAGGAGGGUAAAGAAUAUGAAAAGGUAAAGAAGACAAAGGAUUAGGAAAAUACGGAAUAGGAUAAAAAGAGAAGGAAAGAGGAGGAGAGACAAAAAGAAAUCGAAAGAAGGAAAAGAGAGAUGGAGGAUAAGAAGCAAAGAGACCUUGAAGAUUUGCAAAGGUAAAAAGAAGAGGAGUAGGAAAGAAAAAGGAAAAAUGCUGAAAGGAAAGCCAAGGAAUAAAAGGAGUUUCUUAAAUAGUAGAAGGAUAAAAUAGCUAAGGACUUAGAAGUAAAAGUAAAAGAUAGGAAAUAGUUAGUAGAGGUGUAGAAAUAGGUUGAGAAGGAGACUGAGCAGAAGAAGACUAAGAUUAUGUCAAAUAUGGUUUCUUAUAUUGGCAAGACCAAGGAAGAUCGUAAAUAGGAAGAAGAAAAGUAAAAGUAAGAAGUGAACAGAUUUAUGGAAGAUCCUGGCACUAAGAAUCUAUUGCAGAGAUACUCUAAAGGCCUCAAGCAGUACUACAAGUACUUUGGUACUUAAGAUAAACAGACAAUAGAGUUUUCAUUAGAAGCUAAAAAUGAGACUAUAAACUUUGCCAAGUUUAUUAAGUUUGGCUAUCAGUCCAACAUUUACCCAGCUUUGAUUUCACAUGAGGAUUUACAACAUAUUUUUAGACACUUAGUGAGAGAAAGACUUGAGGUCAAGAAUGAGUCUAAAAUUCUAAAGGAUAAACUUUCAGCUGAGGAAGUAGAGAAAUUACAUGUAAUUGAUUUUGAAUACUUUAAGAAAUCAAUGAUUAUGAUUGCAGCUCUAGCCUAAGAUAGGUUGGCUGGCACUUCUAAAUAAAACAGCAAUAAACCUUAAGGAAUAGAGUAAAGAGUUCAAAGUAGGUCAAUGAAUAAGAGACCUGGCCAUGAUCCCAAACUAGACACCUCAGCUAAAUUCAACAAAGACUAACUUAGUAAUAGUCUGACUAGAAAGACCAAAGAGGUCAAAGAAAUCAAAAUAUUGAAAGACCAUGCUCCUAAGUAUGAUACUAAGAUUGAGGAUAUACAUAUGGCUAAACCGUUGAGGAUAGAGUCUUUAAAUACAAAGACUCUUGAAAAUCUAUUUGCAUUUUUGGAAAUUAAUGAAGGCGACUCGACAACCAAGGUAGCUGAUAAGAUUCAUAAGACUCGCCUUGAAAUUGCAGGUCAAAAGCCAACAAAGUUUAAAAAAGAGGAAAUCAAGAAAAUAUAAUAACUGUGA